CCCUAGGCUGCUGUGGUUUGUGUAUAAAAGCUCUGCAGGUCAGCUCAGGCAGGCAGAACAACACUGACAGGACAACUGCUGGGAAAACCAAACACACUAAAACAACCUCUGAUCUACUGACCUUCACAGAUCUUACUCAGUUUAGAAAAGAAAAAAAAAGAAAGAAAGAAAGAAAAUGGAAUCCGAGAUGACAUGCAACGCUACCGAGAUGUGGAGCCCCAAGAUGCCCGAGGGGCUGGACUUGGAGAUUGCCCACCAUCCCCUCACAAUGAAGCGCGUGGUCAAGCUCAUCAUCGCCAUGGACAGGUUAAAGGGCAAGGUGUCGGAGUCACCGCGGAGCACCGAGUUCACAGAUGACAACCUAAUCGACAUGUUGCUGGAGAGCGCAGUGGAAGAGCGAACUGUGUUCGAGCGCACUGCAAAACCAGCUCAGUACACAUACAACUUCCAGAGCCCAUACAGCGUGAUGGACAGCGAGCAGAGGCACUUAGUCCGAGUGCCAAACAGCAUGGAGCUCCACGCAGUGAUGCUGCAGGGAGGAACCGGAAACUGUCAAGUUCAACUGAACAUGGCGACCUACCUGCCACCUACACCCAGUACUGAGGCCGUAACUGUGACUCUGUGCAUCAAGGACACAAAUCUUUACCUGUCUUGUCACAAGGAGGGUAACGAGCCAAGCUUGCAUCUGGAGGCGGUGGAUGACAAAAACAGUCUGUUGAGGAUCACCCCGGGCAGCGACAUGGUGCGAUUUCUCUUCCACAAACAUGUCACCGGGCUGAACAACAGCACCCUCGUGUCUGUUCUCUUCAGCAACUGGUACAUCAGCACCGCAGAGGAAAACAACAAGCCAGUGGAUAUGGGCCAGGAGAGUGCCAGACGCCACCGGAUCUUCAAAUUCCUCCCACCAAAGCCGGCAGUGGGGGAUGGCGAGUGUUAAUAAUAGUGCACUUCAGAUAUUCUUCAUUUAAAAGUCAGGAAGCAAGAUGUAUACUGUUUUUUUAAAAGCACCACCACUGAAUGACAAGACAACUUCUGCAAGUUUUACAGAGAGUCAAUUUACUGUAUGUACCAAGUACAGAAAGUGAAAUGCUAAUGUAUUGACAUAGUCAAGUAUCAGUAUUUAUUAUGCUGAAUGACGUAAAAAAAAGUCAUUAACUA